AUGGCUGAGGCGUCUGCAACUAAAGGAACCCAUGAGGUUGUUCUGAACGUCAAUGGCAAAUCCAAUAAUAAUGAAGAUUCCUGCGUCUGCCUCUUGGUCCCUUUCUUGCAGAAGUUGGUGGCGGAAUUCGUCGGGACAUUCUUUCUGAUGUUUGCAGGCGAAGCAUCCGAGGUGGUGGACGUGGGCUACGGCAACAAAAUAACGCUUACUGGGAUUGCCGUAGUUUGGGGUCUCGCCGUUUUAGUUCUCGUCUACGCCGUUAGUCACAUCUCCGGCGCCCAUUUCAAUCCCGCCGUCACCCUCGCUUUUGCUUCUACCGGACGAUUCCCCCUCAUACAGGUACCGGCUUAUAUAUCAGUUCAGAUUCUGGCAUCCAUUCUUGCGAGCGGGACUCUGAGGCUCAUUUUCACAGGAACCCAUGACCACUUCGCAGGAACACUAUUAUCUGGGACGCAUCUUCAAGGUUUUGUGGUUGAGUUCAUCAUCACCUUCUACAUCAUGCUUGUUAAGUAUUCUACCAGUGGUGUGGCCACAGAUAACAAAACGAUGAGUCAGGUGGCUGGUCUGGCGGUAGGGUCAACCAUGUUGCUCAAUGUGAUGUUUGCCGGGUGA